GGUCCUCUCUUCUCCUUCCUAGAUUUUCCUCCGACCCCAUAUCUCUCCUCGCGUGUCGAGUCAAGCGCACUCUCGGGGCUCAGAUAGAGAGCAUUCUUUCCCACCCACUUGAUUUUUCCAUUUGAUUCAUCGGAUUCUGAUCUUUUCGCCGGGAAAUACGAGAUGGGUUCUACUCUGUUUUGCUCUCCCGUGAAUCCCUCUCUAUCAAAACUCGAUUUUUCGAGGACCCAUCUGCUUAGUCCUGCCGAUAAGCACUUCUUCUUGGACUUGCCGUCGUUUAUGGGAAAGGUGAGGGGGAAAUCAAGCGUGAUGAGUCGCCGGAGAGUGGUGGGAGUCAAGGCGACGGCGGCGGUGGAGGAGGAGAGGCGGGAGACUGCGGCGGAGAAGGAAAAACUGAGGGUUCUCGUCGCCGGCGGCGGAAUCGGGGGUUUAGUGUUUGCGUUGGCGGCGAAGAGGAAAGGGUUUGACGUGGCGGUGUUCGAGAAGGAUUUGAGCGCCAUUAGAGGAGAAGGGCAGUACAGAGGUCCGAUUCAGAUACAGAGCAAUGCCUUAGCUGCUUUGGAAGCGAUUGAUAUGGGUGUCGCCGAAGAAGUUAUGGAGGCUGGUUGUAUCACUGGUGAUCGGAUCAACGGUCUCGUCGACGGUGUUUCCGGUUCUUGGUACGUCAAGUUUGAUACCUUCACGCCUGCAGCGGAAAGGGGGCUCCCGGUCACACGAGUUAUUAGCCGGAUGACUCUGCAGCAGAUCCUAGCUCGUGCCGUUGGAGAAGAUGUGAUUCAAAACGAGAGUAACGUUGUUAGUUUUUCGGAAUCCGAGGAUAAGGUCACUGUGGUGCUUGAGAAUGGUGAGUGCUACCAAGGUGAUCUUCUUGUCGGUGCAGACGGUAUAUGGUCAAAAGUGAGGAGUCAAUUGUUUGGUCAUGAGGAAGCUACAUAUUCAGGUUACACUUGCUAUACCGGCAUUGCAGAUUUUGUACCAGCUGACAUCGAGUCCGUUGGUUACCGGGUUUUCUUGGGACACAAGCAAUACUUUGUUUCUUCAGACGUCGGAGGCGGAAAGAUGCAAUGGUAUGCAUUUCAUGAGGAGCCAGCCGGCGGUCGUGAUGCUCCCGAUGGUAGAAAGAAAAGACUGCUCGAGAUAUUUCAAGGUUGGUGCGAUAACGUGAUAGAUUUGUUGCAUGCCACAGAGGAGGACGCGAUUCUUAGAAGGGACAUAUAUGAUAGAACUCCUAGUUUUACAUGGGGGAAAGGGCGUGUUACGUUACUCGGAGACUCUAUCCAUGCAAUGCAGCCAAACAUGGGUCAAGGUGGAUGCAUGGCCAUUGAGGAUAGUUACCAAUUAGCUUGGGAGCUUGAACAUGCAUGGAGGCGUAGUGUGGAAACCGAUAAACCUAUAGAUAUCGUCUCCUCUUUAAGAAGUUAUGAGGAAGCAAGGAAACUUAGGGUUGCCAUUAUACACGGGAUGGCGAGAAUGGCUGCUAUUAUGGCGUCCACCUACAAAGGAUACUUGGGCGUGGGUCUUGGUCCGCUUUCUUUCUUGACGAUGUUAAGAAUACCACACCCGGGAACAGUUGGUGGGAGAUUCUUUAUCGACGUGGCAAUGCCUUUGAUGCUCAAUUGGGUCCUCGGAGGUAACAGCUCCAAACUCGAAGGAAGGUUACCUUGUUGCAGACUUUCAGACAAAGCCGAUGACCAACUUCAGAGAUGGUUUCAGGACAACGAUGCCCUUGAACGUACUGUGAUCGGGGAUUGGUAUCUGAUUCCUUAUGGAAAUGACAGUAUCGUCUCGGAAACCGUACGUCUAGACAAAGACGAGGACCAACCUUGCAUCAUCGGGAGCGAACCCGACGAGGAUUUCCCUGGAAUGCGCAUUGAGAUUCCAUCUUCUCAGGUUUCAAAGGUACAUGCCCGUAUUAUCUACAAGGACGGAGCUUUCUUCGUGAUGGAUCUUCGGAGUGAAUACGGCACAUAUAUCACCGAUAACGAGGGGAGGAGAUACAGGGUGACACCAAAUUUCCCAGCACGGUUUCGGCCGUCGGACAUAAUCGAGCUCGGUUCCGAUAAGAAGGCUGCGUUUCGGGUGAAGGUGAUCAGGAAAACACCAAAGAUGACGCGUAGAGACGACAGGGAGAGUAGCAGUAAAUUACUUCAGGCAGCGUAAAAAGUGACAUUAUUGGUCGGUCGGAAUCGGAUUUAUUUUAUUCACAAUUCUCUCCAUUACAAAAAAUGUGUAUAGUUAUUGUCUUCUAAUGUGACAAUUUGAAUGCAAAAGAAAAGAAUAGAGAAUCGUCGACAACACGUAAUUUUCAUCUC